AUGGCAGGGUGGGCAUCGAACAACCAGAAGUUGAACUCUAAAGCUUUGGAUGGGAACGAGAUGGUGAUGGGUCUUGAGGUUUCUCAAAAGCCUGGUGUUGACCUCAUGCAGAACUGUGAUCUGCCUCCGCCCACGAAGGUUUUUACGGGGUCAGAUACGACGGUCGUAUCGUCCAUGAAUAGGAUACUUAGUGUGACGGGGAAAGAAGACGAUAACGAAGAGUUUCACGUGUAUAUUAGCAGCAGCGAGAAUGAGAAGUUGGAGCUUUUGAAGGCCUUGAGGUUGUCACAGACGCGGGCAAGAGAGGCAGAAAAGAAAGCGGCAACUCUGGUUAAAGAGAGGGAUUGUGUUUCCAAUGCUUUCCUACAGGAGGCAACGCAGUUGUUUGCUUAUCGGCAGUGGGUGAGAUUGCUUGAGCUUCAAGUUACAAAAUUGCAAUCACAGAAGCAGAAGGGUUGUGGCUAUGGCGGAUCAAAUGGAGCGGAAGGAUUGUUGAAAGAAGGGGAUGGGGAUGGGGGUGAGGAUGGGAGUGGUGUAACAUGGUUCAUGGCUUUGGCAUUUUGUCUGGGAUUUGUUGGUGUAGGCUUUGUAUUUGGUUGCAGACACUUGUUUUGA